AAUUUGGUUUGUUCUACUGACGAUCUUAGACUUUACUCGCUUUGUUUAUUUUUAUAAGCAAUGGCUGAUUCUACACUUGACUCCUUGUUAGAGGCUACUCUAGCUCAUUCUAAAGUCUCUUCUCCUCAAGAUGCUCUGAUAACAGCUGUACAUUCUACUCUAUUGGCUGCUGACUAUUCACUACUGGCUGUAGGGGACCAGGAUUUUGCUGAAGGUUGCUCGACAACAGCAUUCAGUGUAUCAAGCAACUCUAAUCCUAGCCUCCCAGAUGGUUGGAACAGCUCACAAGAUGUCUACACAUUGCAGUAUCGCCAUGAGACGUCCAAGAAGCUAUGUCUCGUCAAAGCUAUUCUCAUGGAUGGCCAACUCCUAAUUAGUGCAACUGUUACGCGUAAUACGUCCGAGGUGUAUACGGUUGCCCUGGAGAUGGCCAAGUAUGUCAAAGAUGAUACAGCAUUCACUACUCCAAGUGUGUUCCAAAACUUGCUGCAACUAAUGUCUAUACUGAGCAAAGAAAUAGAGGGCAAGCUCUCUCAAACUUGCUCCAGGCAAGUGUCCCUGUCCUCUGGCCCACCCUCAGCUGUUCCUGACAGAGCCACGAGACCACAUGGGGAGCGAGAGGACCCGUUAAGGAUCGGUCCUCCUAGACGACCGGACAGAGCAGCUGAUAGAGAUCUAAACCCACUAGGCCCUGGGCCGUUCAGAUACGGAGACACUGACCGAUUCCCAUUCAUCAGCGGUGGCCCAAGUGGAGGGGGCAUGAUUUUCGACCCCUUGAGACAGGAGGGUGGAAUGGGUGGAGGGUUUGGUGGAGGGUUUGGACCCAGUGGACCAUUCCCACCAAGCCAUCCACAUGGAGCUCGAUAUGACCCAGUGUUCCCUGUUGGUCCGAGACCACGCCCACCUGGGAGGGGUCCAGGACGAGGAUACGGAGAACCUGACCCUGACCAUCUCCCACUACCUGGGGGCUACGAUGAUAUGUUCUCCUAGUGUACUCUCCAUGGACCCAAUAAUGGCCACUUGGGAUACAGUUUAUGUGUGUGUUGUGUUUUCUGUUGUGCCACUGUAAUAUUAUAUACAAAACCUACUAUUAAAGAUUCAUUUUAUGCUUUUGUCCAUUAUCCAUGCCAGUUCAUUGCAAGAUUACCAUUUAUACUGUGUA